AUGGCGUUAUCCGAGUCCAUGUCGCGUUCCGACAUUGAGGAUCAGCUCAUGGAGUUAACAGACGAGUUCGAUCGUCUUAGAUCCGUGAGCAUAAAUCUCAAAAAAAUGGGCAGAGCUAAAUUCACGGAGAAACUCCUCCAAGAAAAGCUCGACUACGCCGGGCGAACAUGGCGGGAUGUCCGCACCAUGUAUGCAAACGUGCGGAAGAUGAUUCCCGCCGCAAAAAGACAAGCCUAUACGCUUUUUAAGCCAGGCUACCUCCUCGGCGUGGAAAACGAAUUCCAGGAAUUCCAGGAUUUCGUAACCGCCGAGCUGACACGAAUCGCUGCUGAAUCGAGACCACCGGCACCGGAGGUCCAGCAAUUCAGCAUGCCCAUUGAGCUCCCCAAGCAAAGAUUGCCUAAAUUCGGAGGGGAUCCUCGGGAAUGGGAACAUUUCGAGGAUCUAUUUACCACCGGGGUGAUGAACAAUGUUCAGUUAUCAGAUGUACAGAAAUUGUACCAUCUGAACGCAUGCUUGGAAGGACCAGCUCUCGCGACGAUUUCGUCGCUCGAGAUUGUCGGGCGCAACUUCCCCGAAGCGUGGAGAAUGCUCAAGGAGAAAUACGGGCUUCCACGCAUGGUCACGGGAAGGUUGCUCGACAAACUAUUUUCGCUGAAGCAGAUUGAAUUCAACGAUCUAGCCAGCUUGCAGCAGGUCACUGUGGAAUGCACAGAGACUCUAGCUGCAUUAAGAAAAAGGGGCACGUCCGAACAGCUAGUAGAAUGGAUGCUAGCGUACUGGACGAUACAACAUUUCACUCCGAAAUUGGAGCUGGAAUGGCAGAGAUCGCUCGGCCUCUCGACUAACUACCCGAUGUUCGAGGAUGUCCGAACUUUCAUCGAUCAUCACGCACAAGCUCUGCUUUCGAUGAAAGAGGACCGUCGAGAGGCAGCUCUCGCCCCGGAAACAAAGUCCCGCAUGCCAAAGCCCAUCGAUGCUCGACCAAAAAGCGUCGCUUCGAAACCACUGACUAGCCAUAACGUCGUGGUGACAACCGACUCGGCUCCGAAAGAAAAACGGCCGAGUGCGGAAAACGACGGGCGAGUCAGGCAAGAACGGGUGGAAGUGUGCGGAUUCUGCUCUGGGCAACACAGCCUGCCACAAUGCAACCAUUUCAUGGUGUUGUCGGCGAGCAUGCGCACUCAGUACAUUCGAAAUCGACUAUGGUGUGUACGCUGCCUAGCUAGCUCCCACCCUACCGAGCGUUGCCCAAGACCCCAAGUAUGCAAUCAGUGUAGUGGGAAGCACCAUUCCCUACUGCACUGUAGUUACAAUUGGGACCAGAAGAAUGCGAGGCCGCCAGCACGAAAUUCAUAUGGCCGGCGUGACGAGAGCGGUUUUAACGCUCAACCACGGAAACCGACCAAGUCAAAGCCAAGAGAAAAAAGUACGGCUUCACACGCACAAGACAAACAUGCCUCGACAUCACACUGUACCGCGAUCGGUACAGGCGCACCGAGGCCUGUUGUGCUAGCCACUGCACGAGUACGCGUGUUUGGCGAGAACGGUGCGUCGCGGAUUGCGCGAGCACUGUUAGACCAAGGUUCGGAGACAUCAUUCGUCUCCGCGGGGCUGGCUAAUGACCUCCAAUUAAAACGCAUACGUACCCCAGCCAUGGUAUCAGGCUUGGGGGGCGGCGAAACGCAAAAAAUCAAAUUCAGCGUUGGAUUAAACCUCGGCUCGGUAAAAGGAACGAAACCGAUAUGUGUCGCUCACGCGUACGUCGUGCCGAAAAUCACGACCUACCGCACACCGUCGGCGAACGCGCUUGUUUACACUGCGUUCCGAGGUUUACCGUUAGCCGAUCCAGAACCCAGGGCCGAUCCUACGAUCGAAAUUCUGAUCGGAGCGGAUGUAUAUGCUCAGGUGAUUCGACCGGGCUUCCGACGAGGGGCGAAUGAAGGUCCGAUCGCCCAAGAAACGGCGUUUGGCUGGGUUAUAUCCGGCCCUAUACACGCUGAAGGCGACGGCCAGAAUACGGUAAGAACGCUGCAUUGCACCGUUCUCGAAUCGCUGGAUUACGCGAUUCGACGAUUCUGGGAAACCGAAGAAAUCCCCACGACCUCGGUGCGGUCCAAGGCGGAAGAAGAGUGCGAAGCACUCUUCCGAAGAACCGUCAAACGGGACAAAACCGGACGGUUUAUAGUCCGAUUACCCUUGAAUCACCCGAGACCGGACGAAGCGUUAGGACACUCGUUCCACAUAGCGCUGUCCGCUCUCGCGAGGAUGAAGCGUAAACUGGACGCGGAUGCGACCCUCGACAGAGAAUACUCUGAGUUCCUCGCGGAGUACGAGUCCUUAGGUCACAUGACUCGGCUUGAGCCGAUUGACCAGAAUCGACUGUACAUUCCGCAUCGAGCGGUCGUACGCACGGAAAGUGCAACGACCAAACUGCGCGUUGUGUUCAAUGCAACCAGCAGAACGGUCGGAGGGCGAUCCCUAAACGACGUCCUGCAUGUCGGACCAAAAUUACAGAACGAUAUCACCUCGGUUUUAACGAGGUGGCGUCUGUAUGAGUACGUUCUGGUGGCAGAUAUCGAGAAAAUGUUUCGGCAAAUCCUCGUCGCCCCACAGGACCGUCGUUUCCAAUGCAUCGUAUGGCGCGCGUCAAACGACGAAAAGCUGAAAGCUUUCGAAUUGAAUACCGUAACAUACGGUACGGCGUGCGCCCCAUAUUUAGCGAUGCGUACCCUCCUCGAAUUAAAGGAGCAGGAUGGAGAGAGGUAUCCUCUCGCUGCUCCGAUCCUCGAGAGGGACAUAUACGUCGACGACGUAUUUAUGGGAGCGUCCAACAAAACCCUGCUAGAGAAAAUUCGCAAGCAAGUCUGCGAUCUCUUGCAGGGCGGUGGAUUCAAGUUGAGAAAAUGGGCUGGAAACUCCGCGAAAUUAUUGCGGAACAUCCCCCAAGGUGCUCACUCCCACGCCGUAGACCUCACUCUGUUCGACGAUUCCGAACUAAAGGUGCUUGGUCUACGAUGGAUCCCAUCCGGAGACUACUUCCAUUUCGAUCUGCAACGGUUUCAACCGUCUGCGUUACCGAUGACAAAAAGAAAUUUGUUCUCGGAGAUCGCGAAGCUCUUCGAUCCCCUCGGCUGGUUAUCACCAGUCGUAAUCCGUGCAAAAAUUCUAAUGCAGUCCCAAUGGCUGGAGAAAAUCCAGUGGGACGACCAAAUUUCCACGGACACGCAAAAAACGUGGAACACGUUUUGCAGGGAUUGGAGCAGUCUCAAAGAACUAAAAUUCCCGAGAUGGAUCCAAUACGGAGACGACGCAGUUACUGUGGAACUACACGGAUUCUGCGAUGCAUCACUCGCUGCCUAUUCGGCCGUCACUUACUUACGUGUGACGACGAAAAAUAAUGACGUGUUUACGACAUUAAUCAUGGCAAAGACACGAGUGGCUCCGAUAAAAACACAGUCUAUCCCCGUCCUGGAAUUGAAUGGGGCUGUGUUACUUUCCGAGCUCAUAGUGCACGUGAAACGGUCAUUCCCCAUAGAAAUGAGCCGCAUAAUCUGCUGGACAGAUUCCACGAUUGCACUCGCUUGGUUGAAAAAGCAUGCGUCGACAUGGAAGGUUGUGAUAGCCAACCGCGUGUCAAAAAUUCAGACCAUGCUCCCAAAAGCUGAAUGGCGGCACGUUCCCACGCGCUUCAACCCAGCGGAUCUGAAUUCGCGAGGUGUAAACGCCGCAGAACUCAUUCAGUCCGAAUUAUGGAUUUCCGGGCCGAAAUGGCUUAGACAAUCAGAGGAAAAUUGGCCGAAAUCGCCAGCCUCGCUCGAGACCGAGGAGGGUAAACGCGUAACGCAUACCCUCGUGGCCACUCCGGAAAAGGAAUGGAACUUAGUUUUCCGAUUUUCCCAAUGGAGUAAGCUACAACGUGUGACUGCCUAUUGCCUCCGGUUCCGGAGGCCGGCGGUCGGAGAACGAAGGUCAUUCGAUGCAAAAGUUGUCGAAGCAGCGGAAAUCCAGCGUGCAACGGAAAGAAUUGCACGCUACUUACAGCGUACGCAUUUCGCAGAGGAGUACCGGUGCUUGAAAAAGCGCAAGGGAAUCCCUGCGACAUCUCCUCUAAAGAGCCUAAACCCUUUUCUCGACGAUAAGGAAGUCUUACGAGUGGGUGGAAGGUUGGAGAAUGCGACGCUUGCAUGGGAAACCAAACACCCGAUUAUCCUGCCGAAACAUCAUGUGUCUAACAUGAUAAUCAGGCAAUGCCACGUGGAUACAUUGCACGGGGGUUUACAAUUGACCAUGUACACGGUGAGACAGAAAUUCUGGAUCAUCGGCUGCAGAAACGCGGCGCGCACGGUUAUCCACCAAUGCAUACGAUGCGUGAGAUGGCAAGCAAAUACCUCCACGCAAAUCAUGCAGGAUUUAAUCCCGGAGCGCAGUCGCGCGGCACGACCUUUCUCAAACUGCGGAGUCGACUACGCGGGACCGUAUCGGGUCCGCGACUCCGCCGGUCGUGGGAAAACGGCUCAUAAAGCAUACAUAGCAGUGUUCAUCUGCUUCGCUACGAGAGCCGUGCACAUCGAACUCGUCCAUGAUUAUACGACGAGUGCAUUUCUGGCCGCAUUAGACCGAUUUAUCGCCCGCCGAGGAGUUCCGUCCUGUAUGUUCAGUGAUAACGGAACGAACUUCGUCGGAGCAGAUCGGGAAUUGAAGGAACACUUCAAUACGGUGUAUCAAACUCCAGAAAUGCGAACGAAGUGCGGUCAAAAGGGCAUUAAGUGGAGAUUUAAUCCACCCAGUGCGCCCCACUUUGGUGGUAUGCAAGAAGCCGGCGUGAAAUCGGUGAAACAUCACCUGAAACGCAUCAUCGGCGAAUUUACACCCACAAGCGAGGAAAUGCAGACACUCCUCUGCAAGAUCGAGGCGAGUUUGAAUUCGCGACCGAUCGCCGCUUUGAGUGACUGUCCCGAGGAUUAUGCCCCUCUCACGCCGGGCCACUUCCUAAUAGGCGGACCGAUGAAUGCACUUCCGGUCGAGUCAGUGGAAAAGGAAAAUCUCUCGCGGCUUACGCGCUGGAGAGCAAUCCAGAAAUUCCACGAGCAGCUCUGGAAACAUUGGACGCGAGAUUAUCUCACGCACCUCCAGAAACGCUAUAAGUGGCGCACCACCCAAGUGCAGUUAAAACCGAAUGACUUGGUUUUAGUGCAAAACCCUCUUCUCCCCCCGAAUCAAUGGGAAAUGGGACGAAUCGAGGAAGUAUUACCGGGCCGAGACAGGUGCGUGCGUGUGGUUAAAAUCAUCGAAGCUAGACAGCCGGUAACGCGUCUAGACCGGCAGACGGGUUUUUGUCUCACGUAA